UUUUAGAAAACCCAACCUUCCUUACGCCUUGGGAGUCAGGAUUAUCAAUAUAUUAUGGAUCUAUAGUGAAAACAAACUAUAAAGUGUCAAUUAGAUAAAGGAAAUGCCUACAUAUCCGGAUUGUGAGGAUGCAAGUGACCCAGAAUGUAUGCCACAUGGUCAUAGAUGGCGAUCUAGAUUUCAAUGCAUGCUGAACCAGCUUCGUUCUCAUCCGGAUUCCAGCAAACUUGAGAAGACUGACAUUGAUAAGAUACCGUUUGCAGUUUGUACAUGCACCCAGAAACCAAGAGACGAUACAGUGCAACUUGAACCAGAUAAAAGAUGGGAGGAAAUUCCAAUUAGUGAAUACAAGGCUGCAGAAGAAUACUUUGAAAAAUUUGUUGAGAGUCUGGAUAAAUCCUCAGAAUACUACUCCUUGUUGAAAUAUCACUUCACUGCCCUCCAGCGACACGAGGAACUCAAAGAUAAAUCAAGUAGUCAGAGAUUUUUACUUUUAUUCCAAAAGAUACACGAGUCAAAUGACAGAGAACUUCUAAACAGGCGUACAAGAAGAGCAGGGGAGUCAGAUGAAGAUGAUAAACGCAUCAAGCAGACAAUACACUUAGCAUCACUGAAGAAGGACUAUGUACCACUAUUUUGCGGGCGUAAUGGUAGAAACAUGAAAAGGUAUCUAAAGGGCAAAAAGAAAGUAAAAGUACAGCUGGAAACAAGAGAAGAAGACCAAGUUUAUGCGACCAUAAUCUGUAAAUCUCAGGACCGGGAGAAGAUAGUAGAGAGACUGACAAAAGAGGCUGAGCUGUUGGCUGAAAGGAGAAGAAUACAUGAUGAAAAUCAAAAAGAAUAUUAUCAAAGAAUGGGAUUGGAUAUGGAAACAAACAGUCAAGAUGAAGAAGACAUGGAUUCUUGAACAGCCAACACUGGUUCAAACUAUUGCUGAAAUGUCAACUCAACUUUUUUAUUAAUAUGUUUGUAGAGUAAUACAAAUGUUAAUAAACUAUACUGCAUGUAAUAAAUAGAUUAUAGGUCUACAAAAAUGU